AUGGCCAACAGUGAGCGCACCUUCAUUGCCAUCAAGCCCGAUGGCGUCCAGCGCCAGCUUGUGGGGGAGAUCAUCAAGCGUUUUGAGCAGAAGGGAUUCCGCCUUGUUGCUAUGAAGUUCAUGCAGGCUUCUGAAGACCUUCUCAAGGAACACUACAUCGACCUGAAGGACCGCCCCUUUUUUACCGGCCUGGUGAAAUACAUGCACUCAGGGCCAGUGGUUGCCAUGGUCUGGGAGGGGCUGAAUGUUGUGAAGACAGGCCGAGUGAUGCUUGGGGAGACCAACCCCGCGGACUCCAAACCUGGGACCAUCCGAGGGGACUUUUGUAUCCAAGUUGGCAGGAACAUCAUCCAUGGCAGCGAUUCCGUGGAGAGCGCGGAGAAGGAGAUUGGCCUGUGGUUUCGGCCGGAGGAACUGGUAGAUUACAAGAGCUGUGCUCAGAACUGGAUCUACGAGUGA